CUUACACCCCGCAAAUAUCCCAUACAAUGCCCAGUUGCAAGCCUCAGAUGAUCAUCACAAAUGAUCCAAUCAUCUGGCCCCAGGAUCAGGUGUCUGAGCCGUCUCGCACAAAGCCGCCCGAUGACGGCAAACGUGGCCAGCGCUAUGAAGACUGUGUUGAUAACAGUUAAUUUUGGUCCUUGGUCCUCAUGAGCUUUCUCCAUCAUCAGGAGUGAUGAUGAUAGGUAACUCCCCAAGACGGCAUCCGCCCCGCGCGUCUGAUUUUUGCCUCGUCCUGGAUUGUAUUCACAUCGUUGUAGCGCAAAUCACAUUCAGCUCCUACCAUGAGAUCAUCCAACCUAUAAAGGUUCUGUCCCCCCGGUCACACACGCCACCGAUGAUUGCUGUGGCUUACGUGAGUCCGGAUCUCCUCCUGGGCUUGUGUACAUUGCGCAUGUUAUACAGGAACUCCGGGAUGCAACCUUGGUACGACCUGUACGAACCUAGGUUGAGUGAACAGGAGACAACGCAAGGAAUGGCCAGAUUGCAUCGGAGGAAAACGACUCAUAUUAUGCAGAUAUAUAAACUCAACUGGACGCCUUAUCUCACGACAUCUCCACCUUGUUCACUCGCAUGGUGGAGAAACCGGGGAGAAAGACAACAUGCCAACGUGAUGUUCCUACGCCCAGAAGCUGAUUUCGCCUCUAGUGGUUGGGUUGUCUAGGGCGCUUUUGCCUACACCUCUCCAGUAAGAACAGACAGGGAGUAUUUUACAAAGGGGCUUUCAGUCUCCUUUGCAAGGCCUGGCUGGAUUGGAAUCUGCUCCAACUUGUUGACAGUGCUCACAAUCGCCGACAUAUACGUCGUUCGAGCAAUG